AUGCGAGAUGCUGUCCGGCCGUCGCAUGACGCCUGCACGGCUGACAUCGCCUACGCGCCUACGCCGCGCGCUGUCAGCGCGCGCCUACCAGCCACCCUGACCAACCUCGACCACCUCCGCUUCCCGUUCUCUCGUGCGCCCUCACCGCCGCAUGGCUUUCAACAGGCUGUCUUCGUUCUUCAGGAUCGCGAUCAAGCGUCGUCGCGGACCCGCAAGCCUCUUGCACGUCGAGAUGGCAAAUCGCUCAACAGCACUGCCCCGCCUCCUCCCCCCAUAACCUUGCGACUUCCGCCCGAACUUGACCGCCAAUGGCUGCUCAACCGCUGGACGCCCUACUCGUCCAUCCGAGCACACGAGCUCGGGCGCAACACGAUCAUACCCGCUCGAUCAAGGUUCUCCCCCCCGGACGAGACUGGGACAGGUUCAGCUCGUCCUCUUGCAGCAACAAUUCAGGCUUGUCGACGGGCUCGGGCUUUCGCUGUUGCUCGCCUCCCUUUCUCGACAACCUCAAAGCUCACGACAUUCUAG